AUGGCUGAAGCACGGAUUGAACUUCCUGCAGAUGCCGCUGAUGUAGGUAUGGGCGGCGCCACGGAAACCCCAGUUGAUGUCGAUAGCGCGGAAACUGUUGCAAACGGAGAUGAAGCUGAAGGUCCUGCCGGGGCUAACAGGGAAAAAACAAAUGUGCCAGUGCCAGAGAGCAAGGAAUCCACAUUUAUCGAAUACCUGAAAUCCCCGAUAGUGGAAUUGAUUGUCGGCAGAGGCGAUGAACAAACCAGCCUAACAGCCCAUCAGGCAAUCCUGACGACUAGCCCCUAUUUCAGAGACGCUGUCGCCCAAUUCUCUGAGGAUGGCCCUCGUCGAAUUGUACUAGAGGACGAGAUUUUAGAUACCGUUGGUUGUUUCCUCCAAUACCAGUACACCGGCGAAUACUUCCCAAGACGCCUUGCUUCAUCCGACGCACUCGAAUCCGACCCCACAAUGCCAGAAGUCGAUGACACUGGUGACCAGCUUUUGAAGCAUGCCCGCGUAUAUACCCUGGCAGAAAAACUCGGACUACAAAAUCUCAAGCAGUUAGCCCACGGCAAAAUCCAUCGCAUCAACAGCACAGCGCGUGGGGAAAUCGCAUAUGCAAGAUAUGUCUAUGGCAAUACACCAGUGGACGAUGUCACUAUCCGGAAACCAGUCGCGGCAUUUUGGGCCACCAGGAGCCAUGUCCUGCGUCACGAGGCAGAGCAAGAGUUCAAGGCCAUGUGCUUGGAAUAUCCCCAGUUUGGCUUCGACGUGCUAAGCCUCGUGCUUGACCAGAAGGAAAAGCGAUCCUAUGAUAGGGAUGUUGAAAUACCUACGGUCAAGAGCAGCGCGCGAAAGAGGACAAGGAUGCACCUCAGUUAA